AAUAUGUUCUUUUCCUUGCCCUCUCAAUCACAUUUUGUUCAAUAGCAAUAUGGCUCCACACACCAGACAAGCAACUGCCACUAUUGAAGACGACCAGGAUUUGCUAGUUCCAGUCCACGACCAUAAGAAAAGGCAUUUGGAUGUUAGAGAUGUUGUUGAGAUCAGAUCGUCUCCUUACUACGAUAAGAGCCACUGGUUGGAUUUGAAAACCCUUGAAGAGCCUUACAAAGUGCUCGCUUUGGCAUUACAGUCUUUCCAACCGGUUACGGAGAAGUAUGCUUUCGAUCCCUACCAGGAAGCGUUCAACAUCUCUGAAGUGAUCGAGCUUGCGAAGGAUUACUCCAAACAACUACAAGUGGAUUUUCCCAAAACUACACUUUACGUCAUUGCAUUCAGAUCAAUUUUGUACGCGGAAGUCCAAGCUUCCGCAGAGAAGAGACAGUUUCUAGCAAAAGUAGACAAUGAUUCCCAUAUAGAAGCCAACGUAUCUGGAGGGCUCUUGAAAUAUUGGUUUGGAACUCCAGACGAUGUUCACGGCCAGAAUCUUGCAACCUGUUGGUGGGUGAGCAAACAGCAUGCAAAAAAUGGGGGAGGUGGUGAAGCCCAUAGGCUGGGAAUGAAGGCUGUCCGACUGUGGUUCGAACACUGGCAGGUAGAGGAGUACGAGUUGAUCAUAGAAAAAGACAUAGCGUCAUACAACUUCAAUAGAGUGGCAUAGUUUAGAUAGGAACAAUUUUGCUGCAAGGAUUUUUCUCGCCGAAGAUAAGGCUAAAAAAUAAACGUAAAGUUCACGU